AUGCGUUAUAAAAAGCUAACCGUGUGUGCAGCACACUUUGAAGACAGAUUCGUGAUCACGUCAACACAGUACACAGACCCCAGAACCGGAGCAGUCCUCCAAGCCCGUCUCGAUAGACCGAGACUUUCCAACAAUGCUGUGCCGACAAUAUUUGCCUGCAGCACCUCUUCACUGCCCCAAGAACCACCACUGGCAGAGCCACCUGAAAAGAGACCAAGAGAACCCAAUGAGGAAAAUGAUAUCUCAUUUGACCAACUCAUAGACCAAAUUCAAGACAUCAAUGCUACUCCCUUCUGGAACUGCAUUCAAAACGACCAAGGUGUUACAUUCCUGAACAUCAACCAAGACCCCAACAACGCCCCACAGCUGAAGUACUCCGUUACUGUGAAGCCUGACUUAACGGUAUCAGUAUACUGUUACAGCACAAAGACAACCAAGCUUUCAGGCGCCUUUUGGAUACCGACCACCAUCACCAGUCUGAAAACGCUGGUUGACCUGCUCGACAACAUCAGAGCAUUCGACAAGUCGGCCACAUCAUCUGGCACCAGCAAGAAGAAGGACGCCAUUCUUGGACUCAUCCUGUCGUUACUUGAUGACCUCAGGAAUGACAAUGAAGUUCAGGACAUCGCAGACGCGCUGGCAUUUUUGUGCCAACAGGUAGAUGUGCUCCUGAGAAAAAAGCCCAAGUAUGCACCAGACUUUCUCAUUUUUGCAAGCCUCAUAUACACCAUUUCGCCACACGCGUACAAGUUUAUGAGGGGCACCUCCCGUAUCAUGCUGCCACAUCCCUCUACGAUCAGGAGACUGUGUUCCAACCAACAGCUGAACCCCUCAACAGAGCAAGACGAUGAACAGCUUCUGUCUUACAUAAAAAAGCAAAGUGAACACCUUGAGGAUCACGAAAAAGUUGCCACCCUCAUGUUGGAUGAAGUACAUUUAAAACCUUACAUCGAUUAUAAGGGAGGAAAUGUCCAAGGCAGCUCUGCCAACUCAUGCAAAGCAGCACGAACAGCACAUGUGUUCAUGAUACAGAGCCUGUUGUCAUCCAACAAAGAUGUCGUACAUGUCCUCCCUGUGUGCCAGAUAGAUGCCCAACAGCUGCACUGCUUCGUGAAGAAAAUUAUUCUAAGGGCUAUAAUCGCCCAAAUAUCACUAAAGUGUCUGCUCAGUAUAGUACCGGUGCCUUUACUUGUGGCAGGGACUUAG